AUUCCUACUCUACUUAUAUCGGAGAGGUGGGAAUCCUACUCUUGUCCAACAUCCUCUUCCCGACAUAUCGCACUCCCCACUCGAGACUCCUCCAAAGGGCAUCGGUUCGUUGACCGACCCCAUCCUCCCAGAAAUUCGGUCACUGGACCACUCUCUCCUUAGCUUGCUUGCUUCGCAAAGCUGUUAACAUGAGCCACGCCGAUAUGGAUCCCGAGAAGGGUCGUGGGGUUCAUGAGAUGAGCACUGAGCACAGCUAUGAGCCGACUGACAUGAGAAAUGCCACGGUCGCCGGAACUGUGGGACAUGGCGGGUCGACGCAGAGAGGCUUGAAGUCGAGACAUAUUCAGUUUUUGGCCCUUGGAGGUGCUAUUGGAACUGGGUUGUUCGUUGGCUCAGGCGCAAUUCUCUCGCUCGUUGGACCUGCACCGUUGUUCAUGGCUUACCUGUCAAUGAUGAUUGUGGUGUACAACGUCAUGAACAACCUUGCCGAGAUCGUGACCUACUUGCCUAUGAGCGGCAUUACCAUUCCAUACUUCGUGAAACGAUUCGUAGACCCCAGUCUAGCUUUCGCGACAGGAUGGAACUAUUGGUACGCAUAUGCCAUCCUCGUGGCUGCUGAAGCGACUGCUGGUGCCAUCCUGCUAGGUUACUGGGAGACGCCAGUGCAUGAUGCAGUCUGGAUUACCAUAUUCCUCGUCGUGAUCCUGUUUCUCAACAUCGUGGCCGUCAGCGUCUUUGGGGAAGCCGAGUUCUGGUUCGCCAGCAUCAAGUUCAUCACCAUCAUAGGUCUCAUCAUCCUGGGUUUCGUCAUCAUGCUCGGCGGGUCUCCCAAUGACCAAGGAAGGCUAGGGUUCCGAUACUGGAACGACCCAGGAGCGUUCAAUCCCUACCUUGUUCCAGGAAAUACGGGCAGGUUCCUCGGCUACUGGACUGCCUUCGUCAAAGCUGGAUUCGCCUUCAUCACUUCUCCUGAACUGAUUGCUCUGGCGGCAGGCGAGACCGUCGCCCCUCGUCGCAAUAUCCCCAAGGCAGCAGGACGAUUCGUCUACCGGUUGGCAAUCUUCUACGGCUUCGGAUCCUUCAUCAUCGGUAUCAUCGUUCCCUACAAUGACGACCGCCUCCUUACACCCGAGUCCAACGCUUCAUCGUCUCCGUUUGUCAUCGGCAUUCAGCGCGCUGGUAUCCGCGGCCUGAACCACGUCAUCAACGCAGCCGUCCUGACGUCGGCCUGGUCCGCAGGCAACGCCUUCCUCUACUCCGGCUCCCGCGUCCUCUACGGCAUGGCCCUCAGCGGGGACGCACCCAAGAUCUUCGCAAGAACAAGUCGCACGGGUGUACCGUACGCCGCCGUCCUAGCGACAUGGACAAUCGGCCUUCUAUCGUUCCUCAACGUCUCCAACACGGGCGCUCAAGUCUUCACCUGGCUCUCCAACAUCAGCACCAUCUCGGGCUUCCUCGCGUGGAUCGUCUGCAUGAUCACCUACAUCCGCUUCCGCAAGGCCCUCACCCUCCAGAACCUCCUCCACACGCUCCCCUACCGCACCCCGUUCCAGCCGUAUCUCGUCUACUUCAUCCUGGGCCUCGUCAUCCUUCUCACCCUGACCAACGGCUUCCAGGUCUUCUUCCCCAAGAACUGGUCCGCAGCCAACUUCCUCGCGGCGUACAUCACGUUGCCCAUCUUCCUGGUGCUGUACAUCGGGCACAAGGUCUGGUUCCGGACGCCGUUUGCUAUCAAGCUGGAGGAUGUCGAUCUCGUGACGGGGAAGAAGGAGAUGGAUGAGCUGUGUGCGGCGGAUGUGGAGCCCGUGCCCAAGAAUUGGGUGCAGAGGAUAUGGUAUUGGAUUGCUUAGGGGGGUUUGUUCUGAGUUUUGCAUGGCGUUGUGAUUCUUUGAUUAUAUGGGCAUGCGGAGGGGUGGAGAUAUAGUGGUGCGCUGCAUGUUGGAUUGUCCAAGAUAAGAUAGACUCUUUAUCUG